UGUCAAAAAAAAUAAAUAAAUAAAAUCGAAUUUAAUUUAUUUUUAUCCAUUGUAGUCCUGUCAGUUGACAACUUUAAAUCUUUCUUAUACACAACCUGAUAAAAGGAGUAUUCAAUAUAUUACAACUGCAACCUUAAAAGAUGAGAAUUCAUCUCCUUCCUUAUUUAAUUUAAUUUUGGAUGGCUGUAAUCUACGUACAUCACAAUUAGAAGUGCUUGCAGCCAAUGUGAAAAAACCAGAAUCUUCAUUAAAGCAACUAUCCAUAUGUAAUAAUAACAAAGGUUCAUUUAGUCAGAAUGGAGUCAUAUUAACCAUCGGUGUUAUGUUACGAGAUUAUGACAACACGGGUGGUGGGUUAGAACAGUUAUAUUUAGACGGUAAUGACUUGAGUCAGAGUGAUAGUAUUCAAUAUAUUGCUCAAGCAUUACGACGAAACCAACGUCUUUCUGUUCUAUCGAUGCGAAAUUGUCGAAUGGAUGCAAAAGGAUGUACAAUGAUAGGUGAAGCAUUAAAGUAUAAUCAACAUUUAAUCAAACUUGAUAUAAGUUGUAAUCCCAUUUGCAAUAACUUGGAUGGUAUUAUCUGUAUUAAACAAGCAUUAAAUGUGAAUCACUGUUUACAAGAUCUUUGUUUAGCAGAUACAGGCUUAGACACUGAAGGCACCAUUGCUUUGGCAGAAUCAUUUUCAGAAAAUAAUUCAUUAGUUCGACUUGAUUUAACAAAGAAUCCUCGAAUUGGAAUUGCAGGUGUAAUGGCAUUGUCUGCCUCUAUCAAGAUGAACCAGAUGAUUACUUGUAUAGAUAUUAAUAUUGCUGCAAAUGAUGAGGAAAUGGUUGAAAUUCAUAAUGGAUUAUUGGUUACUUGCACAAGAAAUGCUCAAAUGAAAAAGAAUCGUAAUAACAGUAUUGAAAUACAACCAUCAGAAUCGCUAGACAAUAAUAAUAAUUUAGCUCGAUUAACAUUAGAAGAACGUUUAGCAGCAGCUGUUACAAAGAAUACCACCAACAAAGAAGACGUCAGGAUGAGUCAAUUAGUAGUAAAAGAGAAUACGGACGACACUUUAUUAAUUCAACAAGCUCUUGACGAUGUUGGGCUAUUAGAAGAUAUUGAAGAACAAAAAGAUAAAACGACAUUCAAUAACAUUUAUAAUAAAUGUAAAAAAACUCAUUCCAGCAUUCUCCAGAGGAUACCCGAAGUAACUAAUCCUUCUCAUUUAGGUAUGCUUGUAUAAGACUAUUAAUUGUGUACUGACUUUAUUGUGUAGAAUUAUUUUUGACAAUUAACGAUAGACUCAUGUCAGCCUUUCAAGCAUUUGAAGCAGAACAACAACAACAUAUAAUAGAGUCAGUUAGUAUAAUUGAUGAACAGCAAAAAACUGUCCGUGAUGAGCCAUUUCCAUCUUCCUUUGAAAUAGGCGAUGAUGAUGAUUUUGAUGAUGAUAAAAAAGAACAAGAGGAAAAUAUGAUUAAUUUAAAAGAAUUAAGAACUGAAAUAGAAGCGGAAGAAGGUGCUGCAUUUUUAAAUGCAAAGAAAGAUAUAAAAUAAACAAAAAUAUAUCUUUUUAUGUGUGUGUAUAUAUAUAUAAAAAAAAGAGUGUCCUGUAGUAAAAUAUGC